GGCUCUAGUGGUCAUCUUUUCUCAUAUGUUCGCUGGGUCCAAGCCCAGACUUGGCUGUGAGAGCUCGGGUGUUGUGGGGGGACCUCUGAGUAACAGCCUAUUUCCCUCUGAGUCAGCACCAAACCCAAGGCUCUUAGUCAGGUGACCGUGAAGCGCCGCCACCAUGUUUUUCUCCCAAGGUGGCUGCGCUUCAGGUACAAAGUAUAUCAGUGAUGGGUGAAGUCGGUUUUCUUCUGCCCCGUUCUUCUUUUUGGCUUGCACCCUUGGGAGAGCAUCCUCACCCUUGGAGCAGCAGGACGAAAGCAAAACCCCACAAGCUUGCGUUCUAUCACUCCGGCUUGCUGCUGCCACACCAUUGGUCGAGCCGGACCCCCAGUCUGUUUACCUGGAGGCCAGCAUUCCCACGCUCAGCCGGGAUUCCCGUGCUCAGCUGUGUUCCCAUGUGGAGCUGAAGUUCGCUUGCUGCGUGGUGUCAAGAGAACCUGAGGGCUUGUCUGCUGCUCUUUGGUAAAGGCUUCAGAACAUCAACGGUCAGCCCUUCAGUGUUAUGAUGUAUCCAGCUGGUCCAGGCUCUGGUGAUUCCCCAGAGGGCUUCCCCGAACAGCCAAAGCUCCAGCCACAAAUUGGAAAUGGCACAGCUCAGACACUGGAUGCUUUCUUUACAUGUCGAAAAAAUGCCCUUCUGGCGAAGAGCUCAUCCCCCCAGGUAGAGGGUAACUUUGCCAUGGCCCCUCGGGGGCCUGACCAAGAGGAGUGUGAGGGCCUGCUACAGCAGUGGCGAGAAGAAGGGUGGAACCAGGCACUCUCAACAGCCAGUGAGGGUCCUCUUGCAGAUAAGGGACUGGCUGAGAGCAGUCUGGCACUCCUGAUGGAUAAUUCUGGAGAACAGGAUGUUGCCUCGGAGGACAAGUGGUCCAGCAGGCAGCUGAGUGACCUUCAGGCAGCAGAGAGCCUGGACCAGCCUUUCCCUGAGGUGCUAGGGGAGGAGCCAUUGGCUGAGGUUGAGGGCCCUCUGUGGGCAGCUGUUCCUGUGCAGACAGGGCCCCAGUAUGCAGACUGUGCUGUCCUCCCAAUGGGCGCAAUGGCUGCAGAGCACUGGGAAGAGGACCCUGCAAUGGUGGCCUGGAGCAUAGCACCGGAGCCUAUGCCCCAGGAAGAGACGUCCAUGUGGCCCUUUGAAGGCAUGGAGCAGCUUCAGCCUCCCCCAAUGGAAAUACCUUAUCAUGAAAUCCUGUGGCGAGAAUGGGAGGAUUUCUCCACACAGCCAGAUGCCCAGGGUCUGGAGGCAGGGGAUGGCCCUCAGUUCCAGUUCACGCUGAUGUCAUAUAACAUCCUGGCCCAAGACCUGAUGCAGCAGAGCUCAGAGCUCUAUCUGCAUUGCCAUCCAGAUAUCCUCAACUGGAAUUACCGCUUUGCCAACCUCAUGCAGGAGUUCCAGCACUGGGACCCGGAUAUCCUGUGUCUUCAGGAAGUCCAGGAAGACCAUUACUGGGAACAGCUGGAGCCCUCUCUGCGGAUGAUGGGCUUCACCUGUUUUUACAAGAGGAGGACUGGGUGUAAAACGGAUGGCUGCGCUGUGUGCUACAAGCCCACCAGGUUCCGUCUGCUCUGUGCCAGCCCUGUGGAGUACUUCCGGCCUGGGCUAGAGCUCCUCAAUCGGGACAAUGUAGGCUUAGUGUUGCUGCUGCAGCCGCUAGUCCCAGAAGGUCUGGGGCAAGUCUCAGUGGCUCCCCUGUGUGUGGCAAAUACCCAUGUCCUCUACAACCCACGUCGGGGUGAUGUCAAGCUGGCCCAGAUGGCCAUCCUUCUGGCCGAAGUGGACAAGGUGGCCAGGUUGUCAGAUGGCAGCCACUGCCCUAUCAUCUUGUGUGGGGACCUGAAUUCUGUCCCUGAUUCGCCUCUCUACAACUUCAUCAGGGAUGGAGAGCUCCAGUACAAUGGGAUGCCAGCCUGGAAGGUUUCUGGACAGGAAGACUUCUCUCAUCAGCUUUACCAGAGGAAGCUGCAGGCCCCACUAUGGCCCAGCUCCCUGGGCAUCACUGAUUGCUGUCAGUAUGUCACCUCCUGUCAUCCCAAGAAAUCAGAGAGACGUAAGUAUGGCCGAGACUUCCUACUACGAUUCCGCUUCUGCAACAUCGCUUGUCAGCGGCCAGUAGGACUGGUUCUCAUGGAAGGAGUGACAGACACUAAGCCAGAUCGACCUGCUGGUUGGGCCGAGAGUAUCUUUGAGGAAGAGAUAGCAGAACUUGAGCCUGUCCUCUCCAGGACUAUAGGCACCAUCCAGCACUGCCUCCACCUGACCUCAGUGUACACCCAUUUCCUGCCCCAGCAUGGCCGCCCGGAGGUCACAACAAUGCCCUUAGGGCUUGGGAUGACAGUGGACUACAUUUUCUUCUCAGCCGAAUCCUGUGAAAAUGAGAAUAGAGCUGAUCACAGGUUGGAUAGAGAUGGAACUCUCAAGCUCCUGGGCCGCCUCUCCCUCCUCUCUGAAGAGAUUCUCUGGGCUGCCAAUGGCUUACCCAACCCCUUCUACUCUUCAGACCAUCUCUGCCUGCUUGCCAGCUUCGGCAUGGAAGUCACUGCCCCAUGAGGGCCCCCAGGGAAAGAGCUCACCGGAUCGACGACUGCAGAUGCCCCGUGCUGUGGAAACUUGUGUCCCUCCCCUCAUCCCCUCCUGCCCGUGGUUAGACUUUCUCCAGGCCUGUCCACGUUCUCUGCCUGUGGUCCCUGCCCUGCCCCAACUUCUUCCUAAUCCUGUGCCACAUGCUAGGUGGCCCUGGGAGAGGUGGAAAGCACUCCCUUUCCUUCCAUGUACCCAGAGCCCCCUCCUCCAUUGAUUUUUAAUGACCAGGGUUGCGGGAGUUAUUGAUCUCAUUGGUUAUUUGCUUUCAGGCCAUUUCUUGGUGGCACCCCCUGACCUAACUUCUCCCUACCUUUAUAACCUCUGGGCUCUGGCAUGCACAUGCAAAGUGUGUAUAAAGUAUGAGUUCUCCAGGGGGGACUGCCCAGCACAGCCAGCCUGCCUCUGCCUAGUUCAUGUGCCACCAUGAGGUGCUGGGGUAGAGGCAGGUUGAGAGCAUGACACAGUAGCUGUGUGCUGCCGGGAGGCAGCAGGUAUGGGACCCUUUAUCCUCUGAGUUUCAUUAGUCAGUCACCUAGGCAGCCUGGGUACACUUGUUAUUUCUAGAGACAGAUUGGCCCACAGCCUGGAGCAGCAGCUCAGGGAUGCACCAUACACCAGAACUCCUUGGACCCUGAUGAUGUGGUAGGACUUCUCUGAAGAAGGCAAUUUGACAUCUUGUGUCGGGGUUCAGUGGGCUGGCGCAAUGGUGUGACGUUUAUAGCAUUUUAAGGAUAGGAAAAUGGACCUUUAUGGAACUGUUGUCUCACUGGACUCUGCAGAACUGGGCAAGAGUUGAAGUCCCAGUAGAAAGAGCAAGAGGCUCUCCAGCUGCCUUCAUCAGUACUGGAGCCCCAGGGGGCUUGUUCUCUGACCCCUGUACACCUUCUCACUUUACCCCUCCCCCCGCCUUCAUUGUUCCUUUCUAUUUUCUCUCUAGAGAAGCCUGCUGUUUAGCUCAGUCCAAAUCAUCUGAACAGAAGCCUAGCUUUGUGCAAACUCAGGGUGGCAGUGCUUGCAUAUUUGCUCUGCCUUUCCUCCCCAAACAUGGGACCCCUACCCUCUCAAGACCCUCAUAGCCCAUACCAUGUCACCUGCAUGCCUUACUCAUUGCUGGGGUUAUAGUCUAAGGUGUCCUUGGGCCAGAUCCUUCACAUAGCUUUAACUCAGUAUCUGCCCUUGUUGGUUGUCUGCUCCAUUUCCCCUGGAGAGGAGGGAGUGGCUGAGAGGCUGUGGCUAGGGAUGAUGGGUCAGACGUACGUUCUUUCCUUUCUCUGAAAGCCAAAGACCUGGCUGGAAUGCUGCACAUUGCUGACUCUCAGCUUCCCAAGCUCAGGCUCUGGGGAACUCCUUUUCCUGUGUGUGUCUACUUUUAAGCUUUGUUUUCUGGGUACUGGAUGUAUGCCUGUCUGAGCCCCAGGCCCGUCUGUCCACAGCCCACUUUUCACCAUCUCUUUCUGGGCACCCCCUGAGAUGGUUUCACGACCAUGCCCCGUUGGUUCUGGGGAGAAGGGCCAAUGACUGUUCCCUCUGCCAGGAAAUACAGGUUCAGCUGCUAAGGAAGCGGGAGGGCCAGAGUUUGAUGGUUUAUCUUUUCCUUGUUUCUUAAUUGUUUCUGUUUUAGAAAUGAAGUGUGGGGGUUUAAAUGGCAUUUAAACUGCACUCUGUAGCCGGCAGAACCAGGCAACGUUUAUCCAAAUAAAGGCUUAUCAUUGCCACUUG